UUCAGUAAGAAAUCACAAGUCCUAAAGUUUAAACCAACUUGAAAGUUAAAAACAAAAUCAAAUUAUAAAAUGAAAUAUUUAAUUGUUAUCUUCGCAUUGAUUGCUGUCGCCUUUGCAUAUCCACAAUACUAUGGAGGAUACCCAGGUGGAUAUGGUGGUUUUGGAAUGAGUGGUUCAGCUGCAAAUGCUCAAGCUUCAUCACAAAGCUUCGGUGGUGGAAUGGGUGGUCCAUUUGGUGGAUUCGGAAUGAGUGGAAGUGCCGCAAAUGCUGCAGCAGGAAGUCAUUCAAUGGGCUUUGGACGUUAAGAUUAAUCAAUAAUUAAAUUGGUGAUUCAAAUUUUCACUAGAUGCUUCCAAAUUGAGUCUAUUAUGUUAAGUUUAUGAGAGUUUCAAUAAAAUGAUGUGACCUGCUUUUUAUUAAAUUAAAAAAUAA